GACGCCAGUUGGUAGUGGAAAUAUAGCGAGCGCGCACGUCCGCCGCUGCUCUCGGCGUCGACGUCCGCGAAACACGCGACCCCCUCAUCAGGUGCCGUUUUCUCGGUGUUGCUCCAAAGUGUUUUCCUCCCACGAAAUUCGUUUUUUUCUACGGCACUGUACACGCCGCCCGAAAAUCACUCGGAACCCCCUCCCCCCCCCCCGUGUAGGCCCUUCAAAGACGACGGAUGUCGAAAAAUAAUAAUUCGCGGAGAGAGGACACGACGACGACGACGGUCGGAGAGCGAUAACCGCGUUGUAGACCCGCGAAACGACGCAUUCAUAAAAAAUAUAUAAUAUCUAUGAUUGUAACGUAAUAAUAUUACUAUUAUUAUUGUUAUCGUUGUUGUUGUUGUAUAUCGCAUUAGGUCGGAGAGAGGACGAAUUUUUUUUUUAAACCUCCCCACCGCGACGAUCGACGAUUGACCGGCCGCCGAAGAUAUGCACUCCGAAAAACGUCCGCCCGGCGUGACCGUCGUGGUUUUCCACCGCACGUCCGUUGCACCGCUACGACUCGCGUCCGCCGGAAAACGUCGGACCAUGUAAUUAUCAUAUUGGCUGUGACUCGAAACCGACUUCCCUCCCCCAUCCCCGGCACCGGCAGCGGUGGCACGCACAUCAAAGGUAGUUGCACACAAAUACACACACACUCCCACGCUCACACACACACACACACAUAUACGAUAUUAUAUGCACAUUGUACACUGGUGCAGUGUAUAGAGUGGCCACCACUGCACCACCACUGCACCACUACUGCACUACCACCAUAACGGCAGCACAACUACAAUGAUGAGCCACCGGAGACGCGCGGGCGGGACGCCCUCGCCACGCAAUAAAUGCGCUGGCCCACCAUGACCCUCGCCAAACAUGGCCAAAGACAAGAAACCGGACAAAAAUAACGGAUCGAAAAAAGGAUCGGUCACCUGUGAACGGACGUACGUUUCAGACAGGUGUUCGCGAAUUGCCAACCAGGAAACCCGACGAUCACCACCAAGCAGUCCGUCCACGAUACGAGUAAUUGACCUUCCAAGCAGACAUCAACGAAGAGGUGCGGUUCGCGAGAAGCGAACCGUAUCGCUUGACCGACCUCGUCCGGCGCACCAGCGCGCCGAUAACGCAUACGUGGAGACGCCAUUUGUAGACGGUGCUGUCCCGCUACAGCUGCAGGGGGCUCCCACCGCGUCCUGCUCAUCCACACCUUACGGUGUGUCAUAUUCCUGCGCAGACAGCAACAACACAGGCCUGCCGGUCAUAACGUUUCAGGGCAUGAGAUCGUCAGCCGAACCGCCGCCGAGGCCCGGCGAAGGCAUCAUCGACGAGUUUCCGGCAUACGUACCGUGGAAGGCCGAACAGCGCGUGCAAGAAGACUCGUUGGCAUGCAACGUGUGCCACAAGUGCCGGUGCGCCAAUUGCCAGAAGCUGUGCAAGUAUCCCGGCAUGCGUGUGUGCGGCUCGCUAGACGUGAAAUCGCGGUGCGACGAAGCUUGCGUUGAGGCAACAACGGUGUGCGUGCCGUGCGUCCAGAAGACAGCCAGGUGCCCGGCCUCCAACGCGGCCAGGGCCGAGGCCAAUGCCGCCAGGGCCCAGGCCGCCGAAGCCGCAGCCGCUGCCGCCGCUACAGCCGCCGACACCGACACCGACACCGACACCGACACCGCUGCUGACACUGCCACCGCCGACGCCAAAGACACCGCUGACGCCACCGGCACCUCUGACGCCACCGACACCGCAACCGCCAAACCGGAAGACGGUGGCGGCAAGCCACGGACGGCGCCCGCCGCGUCAGGCAAGUGCCGGUUGCGCUGGAUGCUGUAUUGCUUUUGCUGCCCGUGCCCGUACUGUGCGGUGGACAGCGAGGUCGAGUGUUCGACCGGGUGUCGCGGCAAUGUGAACGUGGCCGAUUGCGAGUGCGUCGACUGGGAGGCGCUGAGGCAGAACAACCGCCGCCGGGUGAACGCCGCCGCCGCAGCCGUGGCCGCGUCAAGAGACCGCCGCCGGUGCCGUGACUAUCACUAUUAUAUCACGAAGAUGCCAAACACGGCCAACAACACCACCGCAGCCACCGCCGAUGGGCAAAGUGCCGGCACCACGACCGUCCGGAAGAGAAGCAGAUUGCGCAGAUUACUACGUUUUUUAGACUAAAUAUAAUAUAACAAUAUACACGUAAUGCGAUGUAUAAUAUUAUAUUAUUGUCUCCGACGAUUACUCUGGCAAGUACAAUAGGAGUAUUCGUUUAUAUUAUUCCAUGUACAUUGUAUACAUAUUAUAAUUAUAUCAUAUUAUUUUAUAGUACGAUAAGUUAAUCCUAAAUUAUUAUUAUUAGUAGUAGU